GGGGGCGCCCGAGCGUGGUUGUCGUGGAAACCGCGCCAAUGGCGGCACUGGGGCGGGUGAGCAGUUUCUCCGGGCAACGCGAGGCCUACUCAGUAAAGUCGUCUGUCACCACCAGGACGCCAGUGCCGACCAUGUGCCCCAGGUCCCCCGAGCGGGCCCUCUCGCCGGAGAAGGUUGCAGAAGCACCAAGGAAGAACCUGUGGGAGCUGAUAUGCGAAGAGUAUGAAGCUGAGCUGCCUCCUUUUCCAGAAGAAUACAAAAUCAAACCAGAAACUGUGAUUACUGUUUCACCAAUGGAAGAAACAGUUUUCCAUGGCUUCAAUACAGAACACCUUUAUUCGGUUCCUCAUUUGACCAUGAAUUCACAUAUACCCUGCACUCAAGAAACAGUAGAUCCAAAAACAUGCUCUCCCAAAGAAUAUUUGGAAACAUUCGUUUUUCCAGUUUUGCUUCCUGGAAUAGCUAGUCUGCUUCACCAGGCCAAGAAAGAAAAAUGUUUUGAGAGGAAAAGAAGCAAAUUCAUUGCCUGUGAUUUUCUGACUGAGUGGUUAUACAAUCAAAAUCCAAAGAGGACAGGGAAGCUGUUCACAGAAUUCUUCUCCAUUCCAUUUGUGGAGCAGUGGCUGAAGCAACACCCUCGGCCACCUAUCCCACUCUCCCUCCAGCUUACAGAAGAGGAGGCAGCACUGAGAAUCCAGUCAUUCUGGAGAGCCUACCUGGUUCGCUGUGAUCCUGAAAUUCAAGAAUUACGUCAAUGGCAGAAGAAACUGCGUGAGGACAAGCACAUUCGUGAACGAGUCAAAAUUUUCUGGGCCAAACAAGAACAGAAAGUGAAAUACAAAAUGGAGGAUGUCGCUGCAACUCCAGCACCUUAACCAUUGUUAGUAUCUUCCCUUUUGAGCACCAAUGACCCCAUUCAAGGAGAAAGUCCAAAUUUUGCUUCCUUUAUUGUUAGUUUUUUAAUGACUAGAUUCAGUACAUGUGAAUACAGAAUCUUUCCCACAUAAGAUAGGAUUUGUUGCACACAUCUUUAGUGCAAAUAGUUCUUAAUUUACUGGUAAGAAUACACUAGUUUUAACUUUCUGCCUUAUCCGUAAAUUUUAUUUUUUCAUCCAUAUAUUACUUCGGUGCUUCAGAAGUUUUCUUCUAUACCAACUUCCAUGAAAAUGAACCAUGAGCUCUACUUCCAGUGAUAAAGUGUCCUGGUUACUAGUUUCCCACUUUUAGUCACCUUUGCAAAGAGCCAUACUUAAAUUUAGGUCCCAAAACCUCUGAAGUUUAUCUGGUGCAUACUCUUCAUUAAAAAGAUUACCACCUGUGAUCAUUUCAAAAGGAGACUGGCCCUUAACUUUUCACCCAACAAGAUGUAACACUUAAACCUGGACAGCUGUAACAAAGGAUUUUUGUUGUGUAGGCUCCAGAAUAUAGGAAGUUCCUCAUUUUAUGGGCAAGUUGAAUUAUUACCAUCAUUUGUUCUUUGGUUUGCUGUUAACCAGGAUUUUCCCAUUCAGAGAGCCACAGCUUUUGACUCUGGGCAAAAGCCUCGUGGUUGUAUUGGGUUGUUUUGACAAAUGACCACACAUCUUAAGGAAAUAGUGAAGCCUUUUGUGUUAAGAACAGCAUUUUGAAAAUAAAAUCUAUGUGCUCAUGCUUUAAAACUUUUUUAAUUUGUAAUAUUUAUAUACAAUCAUGUAUGGUACACAUUGAUUGUCUUGAAAUUUCUUUAAUGAUUUUUUUCUUAUAAGUCAGCCAGAGGAGGGUGAAGGUA